AUACACUUCUGGAGCGAGAGAUCAGAAACCCCCAAAAAAUAAAUUAAAACCUUUUUUAAUGAGAAAGUAAACCCUCUCUCACAGUUUCUCUGUCGCUUUUUCUCUCAUUCGCGAUCUACCCAAAGACAACGCAAAUCCCUAUAUCCUCUCUUUCUUCCUCUCUCUCCAUCUCUCUCUCUCUCUCUCUCUCUCUCUCCCUCUCUGUGCUUGUGACUGUGUUAGAUCUUCACACCACCGAGCUCCCAAAUUGCAAUUCCAUUUUGAAAACCUACUCAUACUUCUUCUUCGCCUUCUCUGUUCGAAUACAUUGAUGUUGCAUAUCGGACUUCGUUAUUGCUGGUGAAGAAUAAUUAGGGAAGAGUAAAUCGUUGAUAAGAGGCUUCUGAGUUUUAAUUUCUUUGGUGUUUCACCUGCUUUUGGAUGAUGAUGUGGAAUGGCGGAAGCUGAAGGUUUUGUGGCCCUAAAGAUUUGGGGGGAAGAAGUGAAAGGAUCAGUGGUAUUGAGGCAAGAAUGGCGGCUACGGAUGGGAGCUGGGCGGACUCGUACAGGGGUAUGUCCUCGGAUAACAUUAAGGGAUUGGUGUUGGCUCUCUCUUCCAGCUUCUUCAUCGGUGCCAGUUUCAUUGUGAAAAAGAAGGGACUUAAGAAAGCUGGUGCUUCUGGUGUCAGGGCAGGUGUUGGAGGUUAUUCUUACCUUCUUGAGCCUCUUUGGUGGGUAGGCAUGAUAACAAUGAUUGUUGGGGAAAUAGCUAAUUUCGCCGCUUAUGCAUUUGCACCAGCUAUUUUGGUCACCCCCCUUGGUGCAGUCAGUAUUAUUAUCAGCGCUGUACUAGCUCAUGUUAUCUUACGGGAGAAGUUGCACAUUUUUGGAAUUCUUGGUUGUAUUUUAUGUGUUGUCGGUUCAACGACAAUCGUUUUGCAUGCUCUUCAAGAACGUGAAAUUCAUUCCGUCUUUGAAGUGUGGAAUCUUGCAACAGAGCCAGCUUUUCUUUUCUAUGCGGCUGUGGUCGUAGCAGCAGCUUUUAUACUCAUAAUCCAUUUUAUACCACAGUAUGGACAUACACACGUCAUGGUCUAUAUUGGGGUUUGUUCAUUAAUAGGUUCAUUAUCGGUUAUGAGUGUUAAGGCACUUGGAAUAGCUUUGAAGUUAACAUUCUCUGGAAUGAAUCAGUUACUAUAUCCUCAAACGUGGGUCUUCACUACAAUUGUGCUUACGUGUGUGAUAACUCAAAUGAACUAUCUAAACAAGGCUCUUGAUACAUUCAACACGGCUGUUGUAUCUCCUAUAUAUUAUGUGAUGUUUACAUCACUUACGAUUUUGGCUAGUGUCAUCAUGUUUAAGGACUGGGAUGGACAAAAUGCAACUCAAAUUGUCACCGAGAUGUGUGGGUUUGUAACAAUUCUUGCAGGGACAUUUCUUCUUCACAAAACAAAAGAUAUGGUUGAAGGUUCGUCCCCAGGUUUACCAAUCCGCCUUCCUAAGCAUUCAGAAGAUGAUGAAUUUAUUUCUGAUGGUAUUCCUCUUCGACGUCAAGAAUCAUUGCGAUCACCGUAAGUGUAUUCUUUGAUUUAUUGGUCUGCUCUACUGCUCGUGUUGGGGGAGGGAGGAUUUGCGGCCAUUCGCCAUCUGUAUAUUAUUAGACAUCUUGGGUUAGACCCAUUUUUAUCCUUCAGGAAGACAAUGAACAAGAACAUCACAGGACUCUCUCCUUUAUUCAUAUGCGAGGAUCACCUUCAGUUUCUGCAAUGUAUACUUUGUUCCAACUUCUCCCUCAUUUUCUCCCCAGGAAGAAUCUACUUCAGAAAAUUGUAACAUGAGCAUAUUGUUAUAUAUGAUUAAACUUUGCUUCACUUUUAUAAAUAGGAAUAUGAGCCUACACUUCUGAACAUGGCUUUGAAAUUGAGAAAGAGGGUUGACAAUGGACCUGCUUCGUUUAGGCAGAGGUAUUCUUAUCCA